UGUAUCCUCAAAAAGAAGGAACUUCAAACCAGCCAAUUCUCAAUCUCACUUGAUAUUCCUGUUUGGCAAUGAAACUCAAUACACCUAAACUGCCAGCCAGGACGCUGUAGAGAAACGUCUGUGUGACACUCCGAAGAGCACAAAGUGGUGUGGGCAGGUGCCCCCGUAACACCUAGAAACCAGAGAGUAACAAACGCACCCAGGCAAACCUGGACCACGGCGGACCGAGUCCGGGGACACCAUGUGGAAUCGGCUUCUCGCUGUCAUUUGUCUGGCUCUGCCCUCCGAUGUCUUCAGUGCCCUGACCAUAACUGUGGACCCUCUAAUCAAGACCAUCGCAGAGAACUGUCCUGGUGGGACAUCGGUGGCUUCCAUCAACGUCUCAGUGCCUGUUGGCGCCACUCUGAAUGGAAACCCUGUCAUCGUCAAUUCAAGCCCCGCAUACCACCCGUUCUUCAUUGCUUCCAGUGCUGCCAGCCAGUGGAGUGUGAUCACCGCCUCCGCUCCCAUUCUGGAUUUUGAAGCUGUUCCCACCUACAGGUUGCAGAUCCUGGUGCAGGAUUCCAAGGGGAGGUCUGCCUCCCAGUUCAUCACGGUGGAGCUGAGCGAUGUGAACGAGCCUCCCUUCUUUACCGGGGCCCUGGCACUACAAGAUGCUGAGGUGUUCCUCCCAGAGGACAUUGUGAACAACACUCUCGUCUAUAAAGUCGCAGCUCAGGACCCAGACGUGACUGACCUCCAGCUCCAGUUCACCAUAGUCAGCAUUUCCCCAGGAAACACGGGAUUUUCGAUUGAUGGUUCCGGUGGGAUCUUCACGGUGAUGGCAUUUGACUACGAAGGAGCUACGAAAAGCUACAUGGUUUCAGUAAGAGUUCAGGACCACGGAGGCCUUGCUGUCCUCGGGAAUAUCAAAGUGUACAUCACCAACGUCAACGAUAAUGGACCCACCUUAAACUGCACCUUCAUAGGUUACAGUGCUGGCACUAAAACCCUCGUGCCUCAAACUUCGACCUCAGGUGGGACAGCCCGCUUCAAAGUGGACGAGGAGUUGACCAUUGGCACCCUGGUGGCCACCUGCGUGGCCAGUGACGCGGACCUCAUGAACGACCUGUCCUUCCGCCUUCAGCCGGAUAACCCCCUCUUGUCGGUCAGCACGCGAGCUGGCAGUGUGCUGACAGCGGCUCGGAUGGAUGUGGAAAGCGAUGGCUUUGUGCCACUCCAGUCCUUUGCCGUCAUGGUCUGCGAUGGAGGCGGGAGAUGUGCAGCCAUCCCGGCCACUCUUGAAGUUCUGCCCAUUAAUGAUGUGCCACCAUACUGCUAUCAGUCCUUUUACAAUUUUAUCCGUGCAGGCUCCAUUCCUGCUAACACCACCGUGGCCAGUCUUAACUGUUUCGACGGUGACAAACCCCCAGAUGCUCUUCAGUACACUCCAUAUGGAGGACUUCUGGGACCAGGGCAGCUGUUUCAGCAGGUCACUGGCUCACCGAUGACCAUUCAGGUCACUCGUACUCUGGACUUUAAUGAUCCUGCAGUUGUGGCUGCUGAGCACAUUUACCAGAUCAUGAUAGUCAUCUCUGACUCCACCAGCCCUGUUCACAAUGUAACAGCGACAGUCGUAGUGGAGGUGACCGCAGUCAAUGAGUUCACUCCUGUUUUUGAGUCAUCGCUUUAUAAAUUCAGUGUCCUUGAAACCUCAGUUGAAAACUACCAAAUUGGAAGCGUGCGGGCCACGGACGCCGAUUACCCUUUGAACUGUGUGUCCUACACGAUCGCCAGCGGAGACUCGCAGCGCCUGCAGCGGUUCUGGAUUGACCCGGUUACUGGGACGAUUGAGCUGAUGACCAGCCCCGAUGCAGAAACGGUGCGGGAGUACAAUUUGACCGUGCAAGCGAGGGACUGUGGGCCUGUUAACGUCAAGAGCACCAGCACCACGGUGAAAAUUGAAAUCGUUCCAGAAAACGACAAAAAGCCUGUGUGCAUCCCAGCGACUUACAAAUCGGUCAUUUUUGACAACAUCACGGUGGGAACGCCCAUCAACAUGUUCAGACUGAGCUGUAAGGACUUCGACUCGGCCGAUGAAGAGCUACGCUAUGAAAUCGUCUCAGGAAAUGUGAACAACCACUUUGGCUUUGACCCGUCCAGGGGCUCCAGUUCUCCUAAGAUGAUUUUAAAGUCCCCUUUCAGUGAUGCCGACAUGCAGGACUUCUACCACUUGGUGGUCUUCAUCAUUGAUGACAACGUGAAAGUCAGUAAACCGAGGACAGGCUCCGUCUUGGUUGACAUUAGCGUGAGGAAAGCUGCAACACCUGCGCCCCCAACAACCUCUUACUAUCACCGGAGAGGCCUGACCCUCUUGACCCCCUCUGUUAACUCCUAUGAGGACAAGGCGUGGUACGUCCCCCUGGUCCUGACCCUGAUGGCCUUGUUUUUUGUGGCGCUGGUUGCUUUUUUAUGCUGCCUUGUAUGGAAUUCUACGGGUCUCAAAGAGAGCUGCUGCUUGAAAGCUCCAAAGAAGAUAAAAGUGUUCAGAGAGGCUCCAAGGAAGGAAAAAAUGAAAACCACGACAGAAAUAAAGAAAUACAACACAGUGUUUGAUGGUGAAGCCGUGGACCCAGUGACUGGAAAGAGAUAUAAAUACAACAGCAGAUCAGGCGCAAGAAGGUGGAAGGACCCAAUCAUUGUCAGGGAAGUGGAAGAAGACAGGCUGUUCAAAGACACUGAGCUCUCUAUGGCAGCUUCAGCUGCUGAAAAACACUCCGAACUUCCAUCAGUUCUAAAGAAAUAAUAAGAAGAAAUGUAAAGAAGAACAUGUGUAUAAAUAUGUAUCAACAGUUAAGGCAGCAGUCAAAAUGUAGUUAGAAGACAUAAUGAAGUACUGACAUGGAAGAAUGAAGAUGUUCAAGCUGUCCAUGGUAUUCAUUAUUUGGUAUUGUGCCUUACUUAUGUUGUUACAUAGUGUUCUUGUUUGCUUUGUGAAGUAAAGUGUGA